CCUCUGAGCUGCGAGUCAGGUGUGCGCGUGUGUAUCUUUCACGCUCUAUUUUUCCCUAACAUUCCUUCUAUUUACAAAUAUAUUAUUAUUGUUUUUUUUUUUUUUUAAUUUAUUUCGCGAUUACCUUGUAAAGUUACUCGAUUAUUGAUAAUAACUGUGUAAUUAAACGAGGUGUCGUGGAAAGAAGAAAAUUAACCAUACUAAAAGAUACGUAUGAUGAAGAAAAAAAUAAUUAAAAUGAUAAAUAGAUAAAUAAAUAAAUAAAUGAGGGAUUAUAUAAGAUUAUAAACUUAAAAAAAGACAUUGUGGUUUAAAUGUACACGCAUGUUGAAGUUCAUUGAAUGAAAUAGGUUAGAACGUGUACGAGUGUACGUGAUGUUUUUUUUAAAAAACUCCAAAACCGUGGGAUAAAUAUGUUUAAAAAUAUUCAUUUAUUAAGUGUAAUAUUCGUAACAUAGAUUGAAAAAAAAAUAUAAAGGAAAAGUUCGUGUUGAGCUACAGUGAACCGUAUUUGCUCUUAUAACCCUCGUAACGUUUGUGUUUUACGCGGUUAUCAUUGUCAAAAGUUGUGGUGAAAAUUCACAUGUAGAAUGUGGUCAUUAUUGUACGUACAUAAUAAAAAUGUACUUUCGAAUUUGAUGUGAGAACAGACCUCAGUUCGCCCCAGAGGAAUCUUCAAAACUGUUAUUGAAGCAACGUGGAAGUGUUUAGACGCCUGGAAAAAUAUGUGCCAGUAUGUCCGAAAGUGUCCUGGAAGCAGCGAACAGCGACAACGAUCACAGAGCAUCUCUGUACGUGUUCCCCGGAGCAUUGCAGACUCAGAACAACGUCGCACCUUUGUACAGCAUAAGCAACAAUUCAACAGGUCAGCAACAACAACAACAACAACAACAACAACAGUAUGGAGGAGUACAGCAAACUCUGCUGUCGCAACCAACGACUGCGAGCGGUGUCGCGACCAUUUCGUCGAACAGCGGGACUGCGACUUUUGCACUGCAAACGGGAAGCAACAAUCAAACGACAUCGACGAUGCCGAUGAUGAAUUUGGGGCCUAUAAACACCGCGAUAGUAGGGUCCAGGACGUCGAGUUUGAAGACUCACGCUCGAUCUGCAAGCCAUGGCGGGGUUCUGGCGUCGGGUCUUGUUGCGGCUACGUCAUCGGCUGGGGCCACGGCCAGACCCUCGGCCCUGAAAAAACCCGGACACCAAAGAGCCUUCAGUCAAGGGCAAGUCGUAGAUGUUCACGGACCGCAACCUGUCACUGGACACAGUCGGGUUGGCUCAAAAACAGACUUUAUACUGCCACCGGGACACCGAGAAGAUCCCAGACCAUCUACAGGAGGAAAAGUUCCAUCCUUUCGGGGACACUCGCGCCAGGCAUCCAGAUCCGAGUCUAUCUACACGAUAAGGCGUAGCGCCGCGCCUCCCUGGUGGAGGAGACUUUGGGCACGAUGCUUCGGUCCUACUGCCGAAGAACCUAGAUUAAGGACGAUUGUUCCAAACCACUUGGUCCCGCCAAAAACGCCAAAGACUCAGCAUCCCAACGGGCUUAGAGUGGGUAACAGAGUACGCACAACGAAAUAUACCGCGCUGAGCUUUCUGCCUCGCAAUCUUCUCGAGCAGUUCCAUAGGGUAGCAAAUAUAUAUUUUCUAUCGAUAUUAUUGCUUAAUUGGAUACCGGCAAUCAAUGCUUUUGGAAAAGAAGUUGCCAUGCUUCCUGUUAUUUUUGUACUUGGAGUUACAGCCCUUAAAGAUUUCUUCGAAGACAGACGAAGGUUCAGCAGCGAUCAACGAGUGAACAAUUCAACCUGCAGAGUCUAUGUUGGUGAGGGGGAUCGGUAUAAAAAAGUUGCUUGGAAGGACGUGAAGGUGGGUGAUUUGGUUCACCUAUCCAAUAACGAAUUGGUACCCGCAGAUCUUCUACUUUUGAGAAGUAGCGAUCCUCAGGGUUUAGCGUACCUGGAUACCUGUAAUCUUGACGGUGAAACGAAUUUAAAACAACGUCAAGUUGUCAGGGGAUUCUUAGAUAGACAGAACAAUUUUCAACCGUCCAAAUUUCGAUCGGUAGUCGAAGUAGAUCAACCAAGCACAAGAAUUUACAGGUUUCACGGAGCUGUCGUUCAUUCGUCUGGAGCUCGAGUUCCCGUAUCAACGGAAAACCUUCUUCUGAGAGAAUGUCUCCUAAAAAAUACCGAUUUUGUCGAAGGUAUAGUCGUUUAUGCUGGCCACGAAACCAAAGCUAUGUUAAACAACGGAGGACCCCGUUAUAAGAGAUCCCGUUUGGAACGUCAAAUGAACUUGGACGUUAUAUGGUGCGUCUUCAUCCUAGUCGUCCUCUGUUUAGUUGGUGCCGUUGGUUGUCGAUUAUGGCUUUCUGCAUAUCCUAUGAGUGUUCCAAUCCCUUUUCUACCAGACCCUCAGAACCCUACUUAUGAAGGGAUGCUUACUUUUUUAACAUUUGUUAUUAUAUUGCAAGUUAUGAUACCUCUGAGCCUUUACGUUACCAUUGAAAUGGCAAAGGUUGUUCAAGUGUAUCACAUAGGACAAGAUAGCGCACUUUACGACCCGGAAAGUGACCGCAGAGCGGAGUGUCGAGCUCUGAAUAUUACGGAGGAAUUGGGUCAGGUGCAGUAUGUAUUCUCGGACAAAACGGGAACCCUGACGGAGAAUAAAAUGGUCUUCAGGCGGUGUACCGUAAGUGGACAAGACUACGCUCAUACAGGAGAAGGAGAAAAUUUAGUACCCAGUCUACGAUUGAAAGAGGAUCUGUUAAUCGGCAGUUCUAGGCACAAACUACAAGAGUUUCUCAUACUUUUAGCAGUUUGUAAUACCGUCGUUGUCAAUACAUCCCAUCAUCAUGAUCUCAUGAACGCCAGUGGAGUGAUCGAAGAACCACACAAAAAUGGUGCUCCCACUAGGUACGCGAGAUUGACUGAGUCCAGAAGUGUAACACCCAGUCCGCCGCCCCCUGGUGCAAGUUUGUCGUCAAUCCAAUCUUCCACUAAAGCAACAGGCGAUCAUGUGCCUCAUCCAAAAUUGUCUAGGCCUAAACUUUUGGGUGUAGCAUCAAUUCCGGCUCUUAGUAUUAAUAUGCUCACGCGAAGAGCAUCGCCGACACAACACCGUAGUCCUAGUCCUUGUGGUUUACCUGCGGAUCCUCCACCGAUCUAUGAAGCCGAAAGUCCCGACGAAUUGGCUUUAGUUUUUGCUGCACGAGCUUAUGACGUUAAGCUUCUCAAACGUAUGCCUCAUGGUGCUCGAAUUUCCUUACCAGACAAGUCUAUAUUAGACUUUGAAAUACUCAAGGUACUCCCAUUUGACUCUAGCAGAAAAUGUAUGUCAAUCGUUGUGCGCCAUCCACAAACAAGGGAGAUUGUCUUGUACACAAAAGGUGCUGAUACUACAAUUAUGGCAUCACUUGCUGGGAAUGAAGACGAAUCUGCAUCGAACGCAUCAAAUAAGAUUAGACAACUGUUGCAUUCAUAUGCUCGUCAAGGUCUGCGUACUUUAGCAAUGGCCCGCCGUACACUCACACCUCUUGAGUUCGAAACUUGGCUCCAACGACAUACGGAAGCCGAACUUGCUAUGGAAAAUCGGGAACGUCGUGUAAGAGAUUCUUAUGCUAGUCUAGAAUCUCAUCUAACGCUAUUAGGUGCCACAGGAAUUGAGGAUAAACUUCAGGCUGGUGUACCAGAAGCUAUAGCUGCUCUUAUUGCUGCUGGAAUUGUGAUUUGGGUUCUCACUGGAGAUAAACCAGAAACAGCCGUAAAUAUUGCAUAUUCAGCUCGACUGUUCUCUCCUUCGAUGCAACUGCUAUGGUUACAAGCGCGAUCAAAAACGGUCGCUGAAAGUUUAAUUCAUGGCCAUUUAGAAGCAAUUGAGCAAGAGCAUUUGGUCGAUUAUUCGAAUGAUGGCACAGAUUCAGACCCUACAGAUAUGGCUGCCCAUAGAAUCGGUACUCGUAGGCAACGUGCCUUGGUAGUGGAUGGAAAAACGCUUACCUUUAUUCUGGAUCCGAGAUCAGGCUUAACAGCAUCAUUUCUGGAGCUUACUCGUGUAUGUACCAGUGUUUUAGCUUGUCGUGCGACUCCACUGCAAAAGGCCUACAUUGUACGUAUUGUUAAGGAACAACUUGGCAUGAGAACACUGGCUAUUGGAGAUGGAGCGAAUGAUGUUAGUAUGAUCCAAACAGCUGAUGUUGGUAUAGGUGUCUCAGGCCGAGAGGGAACUCAAGCUGUGAUGGCUGCGGAUUUUUCCAUUGCCAGAUUUCCACUUCUUACAAGACUUCUUCUAUUACACGGCCAUUGGUGCUAUGACAGACUGUCUAGAAUGAUUUUGUACUUUUUCUACAAAAAUGCGACCUUUGUCUUCCUCAUUUUUUGGUACCAGCUUUACUGCGGUUUCUCUGGGGCUGUGAUGGUGGAUCAGAUUUAUUUGAUGAUGUACAAUUUGUUGUUCACAUCAUUGCCCCCUAUCAUUCUCGGCGUUUACGAUCAACUCGCAUCUGCUGGCAUCUUACUAGCUUCACCGCCAUUAUAUGUAAGAGGUCGCUUAGGGCUUGUUUAUCAGCCUCAUUCUUUCUGGAUAACAAUGGCUGAUGCUCUUUAUCAAAGCAUAGUUAUCUUCUUUGUUACCGAAGCUGCUUAUCAUGACUCUGAUGUCGAUAUCUGGGAGUAUGGAACAACAAUCAUGUCAUCUUGUAUGAUCGCUAUGCUUCUUUACGUUACCAUAGAAACUAGGUCCUGGACAAUAAUUCACAUAGUUACGAUAAUUAUGUCCCUGGGUGUUUAUUUUGGAUUUUGUCUCGUUUACAACCAUGUUUGUGUCAACUGCAUGGGUCUACCAGGGUCCUACUGGGUUAUGCAAACCGCGAUUUCCAGACAUAUAUAUUGGCUCACCGUAAUCGUUGCCUCAGUUGUCGCCAUGCUGCCACGGCUAGUUUAUAGGGCCGUUAAAACCACAGUAUCACCAGACAUCGUACAAAAGGCCCUGUUGGAGGUUUCAGCCACAAAUCGACAGCGUCGCAGGAUUGCAGGCAGAGGUGAGGUUCUCGUUGCCGGUUGGUCACGUUCGACUCAGCAUGCUACUAUCAGACCAGGAAGUUACGGGACUAAGAAUAAUACGCUGACGACUGUAGUCGCGUGACAUCCUGAUGACACGCAAGAUACCUCGAAAAUAAUCUGAGCAAUUGAUGAAAUUGAUAUCUCAGUAAGUCAAAAGUAUUAUGCCUCGACACCACAGUACAAUGCCAGAUGUUAUAUAUUACGUGCUACUUGCCACAGUACCUAUACAUUUCAGUUGGCAACAAUAGUAUUCGUGCGAUCCGAUAUUAGAUUUGUUGAGUGAUCUAGUUUCGUGAGUUGCACUUGCAGGAUUGUGAAUGAAUUUAUUCAUAUUGAUCGUAGAUUUUUUCUACGUGUUAAGUUAUAGCUAUGAAACAGAGCUUAGCAUAGUCUUAGAUUUACAAUCGGAAUAUUUAUUAAAGUAGAGGUAAAAUCUGAAGCUGUUUAAUUGGAUUCAAAAGUUUUCCAGCACAGGGGCUUGCUUCGCCAGUUAAUAUUCGUAUCUUACAGGUAAAGAUUUUGCCACUACUAUAGGGUGCCUUUGCAGAUUCCUAUCCUCAUCUAUGAAUUUUAAAUUGAAUCUAAUAUAUACAGUGGUACCACGGGCUUAAAGAUAGUAAUGGUACUGUAGGAUCUGCAGGAAGCAGAUAGUAAUAGUACGUGAGGUUUCGUGAAAACUCGUGAGUUAUAUAUGCUAGGAUCGAUGAUAAGAUAUGCCUCCAGGAAGAGGGAAAAGAAAAAAUUUGCAAAGGCAGAUUUUUAAGAGAAUUGAAUGAAAUUAUUUUCGUCUGUGUUUUAUAAAGUGAUUAGAAGAGCGUGAAAGUCUUGUAUCUUUCAUGAAAUUCCGCAGGAACGUUGUCCAUUACUUCAUAGUAAUACUGUUUGAAAAUUGUGUGAAAUGAACUCGAAAUUGAUAGAAUAUUUACCUGAAUAAGAGUGAAUUUACAUAUUGCUGUAGUCGAGUGGCCUUAAACCCAGACUGUUGUUUGUUGCAUUUACUGGCUGUGACUCCUAGGGACCAAUUAUUAGUUUAUUAAUUAUAAUUAACAAAAUAUAUGAAUACUACAUGAAGAUAUGUGAAAAAAAUGAGAUAUAUCACUUGAAGACAUGCUCAGCUCAUGGAAAUAAAUAUUAUGUGUAAAUAAAAAUUAAUGUAAUUAAUAGCAUAAAUAACUUUACAGACCUAUAUAUGUAUAUAUUCAUAUACGUGUGUGUAUGCAAAUAUGUUCAAGGAUACAACUAAGUAUAUGUAUAUUAUAUGUAUAAAUUCAUUGUGAGUGAAUUCGAUGGUGGAAAACAGGCUGCCGUUUUAGUAGCAGUAUCUCUAUUUUUCCUAUGAGCUGCGUAUUAAUUUUAUUUCAUUUUAUUUUUCUUUCAUGACAACAGGCCAUGGAAUAUUGACGGAUCAAGGAUACUAUUCUUCGCGACUAUCUUUGAUUUGAUUCACCUGGUGAUAAUGUAUUAUGCAUACACACACGUGUAUACGGCGUUAUAUCUCUGCAGUUGGAUUAUUGUUGCAAAUAACAGGGAGUUUGAAGAUCUGAAGGUAGUCUGAGCUUAUUUGAAGGUUUUAUUAGAUUAUGUGUAUGUUAAUGAUAUUGAUGCCGCUAUUACUAUAUUUUGAUAAUGACAAAUGAAAAUUGUGUGCAUAUUACUACAAUAAGUAAAUGAAGUGCUAAAUUGAGAA